AAAAUCCCUCCACGUAGUCGACCUUAACAGAAGACAAUACCAGUCGACCUUAAAAAUUAAAACUGAGGGGGCUCGGUCGAGUGACGUCUCCGCCGCUGAUUGGCUGAAUGUUCGAGGUAUGCGGGCAUGCAAAUGAGAGGGCGGGCUCGUGGUAACGAGUAGGUGACGUCAGUUCCCCCGUUCACAGAGAGCGAAACAAACAUGGCGAUAGAGUCGAGUGGACGGGGGUUUACGCUAACUUUAUUCGUCCUUUCCUGUGUUUUCGCGGGCAGGCAGGCCGAAGCGGCGGCCCCGGAGUCAAGGGGCAACACUCGGAUACUCGGCAUGAGGCUGGAGAAGAGCGACCUGCCGGCCGAGACCACCGAGAGAGGGGUUAUUCAGGUGACCGAGGGCAGCAACACCCUCCUCAGGUUCUACGGGCUCCACUUGUUCCCGGACAGCUCCAAGCUCAUCGGCUUCACGGAACUUUACACCAGUGUUAUAGAGAACGAUACGUACGGCGCAAUCAUGGUCCACGUCAAUAGGACUUGCUCCGAGCUCACGAAGGAUAUAGUGGUGUCGGGGUCCAUGAACGUAAGCAACGAGAACACCUCCGGGCUGCUCCAGGUCAGGAUCAAGCAGCUCCGAAAGAGCGAGGUGGUGAAGGUGUUCGGCUUGUGCGUCCGCGGCAAGGAUGACAGGGAGCCGGUGUGGUCCAUGCUGGACGACAUUGACGGCAGGCUGCGGGUGGUGGAGGAGGAGAAGUCCCUGCUGCCCAUCUGGCUGCAGGCGAUCAUCAUCGCCUUCCUGCUUGUGCUGUCCGGCAUGUUCAGCGGGCUCAACCUGGGGCUGAUGGCGCUGGACCCGAUGGAGCUCCGCAUCGUGCAGAGCUGCGGCACCGAGAAGGAGAAGAAGUACGCGCGGAAGAUCGAGCCCAUCCGCAGGAAGGGUAACUACCUGCUGUGCUCGCUGCUCCUCGGCAACGUCCUGGUGAACACCACCCUCACCACCCUCCUGGACGACCUCACCAAGUCCGGGGUCGGCGCUGUGAUCGCCUCCACCGUCGGCAUCGUCAUUUUCGGCGAGAUCGUCCCGCAGGCGCUGUGCUCCCGGCACGGCCUGGCUGUCGGGGCGAACACCGUCCUGGCCACCAAGCUGUUCAUGCUGAUAACCUUCCCCCUGUCGUGGCCCAUCAGCAAGAUCCUCGACUGCGUCCUGGGCCAGGAGAUCGGCACCGUGUACAACCGGGAGAAGCUGGUGGAGAUGCUGAAAGUCACCGAGCCGUACAACGACCUGGUGAAAGAGGAGCUCAACAUGAUCCAAGGCGCGCUGGAGCUCCGCAGCAAAACCGUGGAGGACGUCAUGACCCCCAUCUCCAACUGCUUCAUGAUCCACAGCGACGCCGUGCUGGACUUCAACACCAUGUCCGAGAUCAUGGAGAGCGGAUACACCAGGAUCCCCGUGUACGAGGACGAGCGGUCCAACAUCGUGGACAUCCUCUUCGUCAAGGACCUGGCCUUCGUGGACCCGGACGACUGCACCACCCUCAAGACCAUCACCAAGUUCUACAACCACCCGGUGCACUUUGUCUUCCACGACACCAAGCUGGACUCCAUGCUGGAGGAGUUCAAGAAAGGAAAAUCCCACCUGGCCAUUGUCCAGAAGGUGAACAACGAGGGCGAGGGGGAUCCUUUCUACGAGGUGUUGGGGUUGGUCACUCUUGAAGACGUGAUCGAGGAGAUAAUAAAAUCUGAGAUUCUGGAUGAAUCAGACCUUUACACUGAUAACCGCACUAGGAAAAAGGUGGCGCCCAAUAAGAAUAAGAGAGACUUCUCCGCCUUCAAACAUGAGAGCGAAUCAAAAGUGAAGGUCUCUCCUCAGCUGCUGCUAGCUGCCCAUCGCUUCUUGGCUACAGAGGUGAGCUUGUUCAGCCCAUCUCAGAUCUCGGACAAGGUGCUGCUACGAAUCCUGCGCCACCCCGACGUGAUCCAGGAGAUCAAGUUCAGCGAAAGCGAGAAGCGCUCGCCCCAUCACUACGUCUACCAGAGGGGCAAGCCCGUCGACUACUUUGUUCUCAUCCUGCAGGGACGAGUGGAGGUUGAGGCUGGCAACGAGAACAUGAAGUUUGAGACGGGACCUUUCUCAUUCUAUGGCGUCAUGGCACUCAGUGCUCCAACACUGGAGUUUCGUUCGCCAUCCCACCUCAGUGGGUUGAACCGUACGGCCUCUCUGAGCGGAGCCGACCGGAAUGACUCACUUUCCAUCAGCGGCAGCAACAGCCAGCUCAACAACAGCAUCCCCUUGCAGCAGUACACGCCAGACUUCUACGUCCGAGCGCUCAGCGACCUGCAGUUUGUCAAGAUCACUCGGGCCCAGUACCAGAACGGCCUGAUGGCAUCUCGUCUGGACAGCACACCCCAGUCCCCAGAGAGCGGACACAACAUGGUUCGCAUGGAUCAGAACACUCCCCCCGCCACCGCCAACACCACCAUCACGGACCUGGGAGCGGACUCCACCCCUACGGAGAACGGGCCGGAUGAAACAACGCUCCUCCUCCUCAACGAGCAGAACUCGCCACACACAGCCAACCACCACAGCCAAUUGGAAAACAGCAUUUGACACCCCCUCUAUAACUCUUACGUUUGCACGCAUGCACUACUACGCUCGAAUGUAUGCUGAGGAUGGGAGGAGUGUGUGUGUGUGUGUGUGUGUGUGUGUGUGCGCGCGCGCACGUUUGUAUCUGUUUUUGUGUGUGUGUGAGUGAGUGGGUAUGCAGACACAUGCCUUUGCACAGCUGACGAGGCAUAAAGAGACAAGCCAUGUGCAUGCAUAUUGUGUAGAUAUGCAAACGAAACACACAAGUGCAGGCAUACCAAACCAUAGUUAAUCGACAGAAAUGUGUGUGUGUGUCUGUGUGUGUGUGUGUGUAUUCAUUCAUUCAUUCUCCUUAGUGGAUUAACUGACAACAAAGAUCUGAAGGACCUGCUUGUCUGGACCAGAGAGCUCUUCCUCUCUCGCCCGUCUGGGUUAUUGGCGAUCAGAGGCGAGUUUCUUCCUCUGUGUGUGUGUUUUUAAAUGUGUGUGCGUGAGAGUUGCUCCCAAUUCACUGUUCCCAAUCAGAGACUCAGGGAGAC